GUACCAAAAACUAAUGUUUAUGCAUCUACAAAGGCUAAAAAGACCUUAGAGGGGCCAGCCUCCAAGGAAAACGUUUUCAACCCUCCAUUACCUUUCCCACAGCGUGCCAGACAAGAAAAAAGAGAUAAAUAUAUGGGAGAAAUUCUGGAGCAGUUCAAGAAGGUGCAAAUUAACAUUCCGCUGCUAGAUGCCAUCAAACAGAUUCCUUCUUAUGCAAAAUUUUUAAAAGAACUCUGUACUAAUAAAAGGAGGUUUGAAAAAGAUGAAAAAGUGAUGUUAUCAGAAGAAGUAAGUGCUGUGCUUCAAAGAAAGUUGCCACCAAAGCUUAAGGACCCUGGCAGCUUUACAAUCCCAUGUACCAUUGGAGAGAAAAAUUUUGAGAAAGUCUUACUUGAUCUUGGGGCAAGUGUUAAUCUAAUGCCCUAUUCGGUUUACAAAACUCUUGGUGUUGGACCCUUGCAGAACAUAAAUAUCUCCCUACAAUUUGCAGAUCGUUCUGUGAAGUAUCCAAGAGGCAUAGUGGAGGACGUACUAGUCAAAGUUGAAGAUUUUAUUCUGCCAGCAGAUUUUAUUGUUUUGGACAUGGAAGAUACAGAGAUCAAAGGCAAAGCUCUUCCCCUCAUUAUGGGGCGUCCCUUCAUGGCUACUGCAGGUACAAAAAUUGAUGUUAAAGAAGGGUUGUUGACUAUGACAGUGCAUGAUAUUACAAUUUCAUGGAGAAUUUUUGAAGCCUUGAAGAAACCUGCAGAUCUUUAUGAUUGUUUUAGUGUGGAUAUGGUGCAACACCUUGUGAAGCAAUCUUUCAUUGAAACAAGCUCUACAGAUCCUCUUGAAGUGUGUAUUGCUCAACAAGGAAUGAAAUUUGAAAAUAAUAAAGUGUUGGAGGCACAAGAAACACUAAAUGCUGCUGGUACAUAUCCACUUAGAUGGUCUCCAAAAUUUGAACGUUUGCAACACUCUGAGACCAAACUUGUCCCUUCUAUUGUAAAGCCUCCUACACUUGAAUUGAAACCUCUUCCAGAAACUUUGAAGUAUGCAUAUCUGGGUGAUUCAGAGACUCUUCCGGUGAUUAUUGCUUCAGACUUGAGUAGCUCAGAGGAGGAGAAAUUACUUAGAGUUUUAAGGGAGCAUAAAACAGCUUUGGGAUGGACAAUUGCAGACAUUAAGGGGUUAAGUCCUUCCAUAUGCAUGCAUAGAAUAUUCUUAGAAGAUGCAGCUAAACCUACUAGAGAUCCUCAAAGACGCCUUAACCCGCACAUGAAAGAAGUGGUUCGUGCAGAGGUGUUGAAAUUGCUUGAUGUUGGAGUUAUUUAUCCUAUUUCAGAUAGCGAAUGGGUAAGUCCAGUGCAGGUGGUGCCUAAAAAGUCCGGAAUUACAGUGGUAAAAAAUGAAGAGAAUGAGCUCAUACCUCAAAGGACAGUCACAGAGGGUAUUGAAGUUGAUAGAGCUAAGGUGGAAUUAAUUUCGAAGCUUCCUCCUCCAUCUACAGUUAAAGAAGUUCGGUCUUUUUUAGGGCAUGCUGGCUUUUACAGGAGAUUCAUCCCUAAUUUCUCAAAAAUCACUAAACCAUUAUGUGAUUUGUUGGCUAAAGACAUUGUGUUUGAGUUCAAUGAAGAGUGCUUGAAGGCUUUUGAAACUCUCAAAAAAGAAUUAACACAUGCACCUAUCAUUCGAGCACCGGAUUGGGAUCUUCCGUUCGAAAUUAUGUGCGAUGCUUCUGACUACGCUUUGGGAGCUGUUUUGGGGCAGCGAGUUAAUAAGCUUUCUCAUGUUAUAUACUAUGCAAGUAGGACCUUGAAUGAUGCUCAGUUAAACUACUCUACAACAGAGAAGGAAUUGCUUGCGGUGGUUUUCGCAUUGGAGAAGUUUAGAAGCUAUUUGAUUGGCUCUAAGGUGACUAUAUUCUCUGAUCAUGCAGCCCUUAGAUACUUAUUAACGAAGAAAGAUGCAAAGCCAAGAUUGAUAAGAUGGAUCCUACUCUUGCAAGAAUUUGAUCUUGAGAUUAAGGACAAAAAAGGGACCGAAAAUGUAGUUGCUGAUCACCUUUCUAGAUUGAUCAAGGAAGAUGUUGGCGAUGAUGUGACUCCAAUUAAUGAAUAUUUUCCUGAUGAGCAGCUCUUCGUUGUUGACAACCUUCCUUGGUAUGCUGACAUAGUAAACUACUUGGUGAGCAAGUUUCUACCGGUAGAUUUAAACAAGCAACAAAAGAAGCGUUUUCUCUCUACAGUGAAGCACUACUUUUGGGAUGAUCCAUACUUAUUUAAGUACUGCUCUGAUCAAAUAAUUCGCAGGUGUGUCCCUCAUGAAGAAACUGAAAGUAUUCUCACCUUUUGUCAUACAUAUGCAUGCAGGGGACAUUUCGGAGUCAAGAAAACUGCUCUCAAGGUAUUGCAAAGUGGAUUUUAUUGGCCAUCACUUUUCAAGGAUGCAUAUACCUUUGUUACAACCUGCGAUAGGUGCCAAAGGAUGGGGAAUAUUUCCUCAAAGUCGCAGAUGCCAUUGACAAAUAUUUUGGAGGUCGAAUUAUUCGACGUUUGGGGAAUCGACUUCAUGGGUCCGUUCCCUAUGUCUCAUGGUUUUAUCUACAUUAUUGUUUCUGUGGAUUACGUCUCUAAAUGGGUAGAGGCACUGCCUACAAGGACCAAUGAUCAUAAGGUGGUUCUGAGCUUCUUAAAGGAGCAUAUUUUUACUCGUUUUGGCACACCACGAGCUAUUAUCAGCGACGGAGGUUCACACUUCAUCAACAAGUCUUUUGCAGCUCUCAUGAAGAAGUAUAACAUUACUCAUAAAGUCUCUACUCCCUACCAUCCCCAAACAAAUGGGCAAGUCGAAGUUUCGAAUAGGGAGAUUAAACAUAUUCUUGAGAAAACAGUGAGUCAAAACCGCAAAGAUUGGUCUUUAAAGGUGAGUGAUGCAUGUUGGGCAUAUCGGACAGCCUUUAAAACUCCAUUAGGCAUGUCUCCUUAUAGACUUGUCUUUGGAAAGGCUUGCCAUCUUCCAGUGGAGUUGGAGCAUCAAGCCUAUUGGGCAUUAAAGAAGUUGAAUUUUGACAUUCAUGAAGCAGGAACUUUAAGGAAGCUUCAGUUGAAUGAGUUGGAUGAAUUGCGGAAUGAAGCUUAUGAAAAUGCAAGAAUUUAUAAGGAGAAGACAAAGAUAGCUCAUGACAAAGCUCUGAUGCAAAAGAACUUUGAGCCAAACCAAAAGGUCUUAUUGUUUAACUCAAGACUACGAUUAUUUCCUGGCAAGCUGCGUUCAAGGUGGUCUGGACCUUUUCUAGUUGUUAAGGCAUACCCUCAUGGUGCUGUGGAGAUAAAAAAUUUGAAAGAUGGGACUAUUUUUAAGGUGAAUGGUCAUCGAUUAAAACCUUACUUGGAAUUACCUGAGGCCGUGAAUGAGGAUGAGAAAUCUACAGAGCUAUCUACAAGGGCAGAAGAAGUUUCUGCUGUGACUCUUCAAGCAAAACACUUUGAGGUUUUGUACCUCAUGGACCCUAUGUACAAGUGAGAGUUGCUUAGUCUGGCUGAAGACUUAAAACUUAGCGCUUUUGGGAGGCAACCCAUGCUUUUGGAGGAUGAAGUGGUGAUGCACAGCAGCUCAGCAAAGGAGAGUACUGAAUCUGCUAACUUGCAGCAGAAGUGUCCGUUUUUGACGUGUGAUAUGUCGAUUUUAUGUGAUUUGACGAGAGCUACGAGACUCAUUGCUUUGCAAUGAGCCCCGAUAAAUUUUGGGCAAAUACCUCUGUCUUCAGUGUCCGAUCCGCGAGCUAAGUUUCAACAAUUAUGGAGAUUUCUACUUGGAGCAUGUCUUGGCCUUUCUUCCUCUUCGUCUACAUCCAGGGAGCUCUAAACUCUU